GUCAAACUAAGAAAUUUGACCCAAAAACAUUCGACAAGAUGAGGCCCGGCAAAGAAGCUAAGAGGAGGAACAGAAACGCUACCUCACCAACGAGAACCCGACCCGAUAGCCCAUCCGGAUCAACCCAUCGUCGCCGGCUCUCUCCUACGCCGGCGGCAGGCUCUGUUAUCGACCGCGAGUUGGUUACAGAAGAGCUGUCUUUGUUCGAGAACCUCCAAAUUUCAUCCGAAUUUGAAGCUCCGAACCCGAGGAGCUUCCCAUACAGUGUGAAGCAACAGUGCUGGGAUAAAGCCGAUAAGGUCAAGGGCCGUGACCCGGACCGCUGGCGUCGAGACGCCUUGGGCAACAUCGUUUUCAGGAAGCUGGUAGGCUGCCCCGGCUGUCUCUGCCAUGACUAUGACCAUAUCAUUCCUUACUCUAAGGGAGGAAAAAGCACAUUGGAAAAUUGUCAGGUUUUACAGGCUAGAGUGAAUCGGUCUAAGGGAAACCGAACAGAAGUAUCUAAAGCCGAACUAAUUCAAAAAAGCUCUUACUGCCGAGUUUCAGGUCGGGACAUGGACCUUCUCGAAUUGACAUCAUAUGGCAAUGUCAAACGCGGGCAAGAUUCCGGGGGAUGUAACAUUCAAUGAUUCACUAUUUAACCAACAAAUUUAUAAUGCAAAUUCUAUCUUGUACUCAUUGUUGUCAUGAUGGUGUGAUUGAGAGAGGAUUUGAGUGUCUGUUAUCUUCCUCAAUUUGUCGAAUUCACCUUAUUAUGGGAAUUGGCUUCCACAUUUUCAUGCUGAUUUAACUCCUUAAUCUGCUGAGAGUAACUUAUGGGAAUUGACUUCC